AUGGUCAACCUGGACUCCAGACAGACUCUUUUGGGACAACCACAGGCACUGGAUUCUAAGAGACACCGAGCCCAGGACAGGGGUAAGCAUUCUACUCCAUUUUAUUCUAUUUCUUCAUCACAGGUGGAAGACGGCACCAUGAGCAACGUCACAGUCCUGGACUUCACAGAGUCUGUAAGCCCAGCCAUGACGGCGGACGAAACUCGCUCGUACCCUCUGAGCUUUCAGGUCUCCCUGACCGGCUUCCUCAUGCUGGAGAUAGUGCUGGGCCUGAGCAGCAACCUCACCGUUCUAGUCCUGUACUGCAUGAAGUCCAACCUGGUCAACUCUGUCAGCAAUAUUGUCACCAUGAACCUACAUGUGCUCGAUGUGCUGGUGUGCAUCUGCUGCAUCCCGCUGACUAUCGUCGUGCUGCUGCUCUCACUGCAAGGCGACACUGUGCUGGUUUGCUGCUUUCAUGAGGCCUGCGUGUCCUUUGCUAGCGUGGCUACUGCAGCUAAUGUGCUAGCCAUCACUCUGGAUCGUUAUGAUAUCUCGGUCAAACCUGCCAAUCGUGUGCUGACCAUGGGCCGAGCCGUGGCUCUGUUGGGAGGUAUCUGGGUCCUGUCUUUUCUCAGCUUUCUGGUACCCUUUAUCGAGGUGGGCUUCUUAGGACCAGAGCCGACCAAAGCUAACCAGACCACUGUAGUCCAUGUGAAUGAGUACUACACUGAGUUAGGCCUGUAUUACCACCUAGUGGCACAGAUCCCCAUUUUUUGCUUUACUGCUGUGGUCAUGCUGUUCACUUACUCAAAAAUCCUGCAGGCUCUGAAUAUCCGCAUUGGCACACGCUUCCAUGCCUCACAGAAAAAGAAAAAGAUGCAAUGGAAAAAGAACAUAUCCCUCAUGUCUGCCUCCCAACAGCAGCUGCCUGAGGUCACAGAUGGCUCUCAGGGCAGCAGUGGGAACCGUGGCAAUGUGCCACUGGGCAUGAGAACCUCUGUGUCUGUGAUCAUUGCACUGCGGAGAGCUGUGAAACGCCACCGCGAGCGGCGGGAGAGACAGAAACGGGUGUUCCGCAUGUCCCUACUCAUCAUCUCUACUUUCCUGCUGUGCUGGACCCCAAUUACAGUGCUAAACAGCAUAAUACUCAGCACAGGACCCAGUGACCUUAAUGUGAAGCUACGCCUCGGCCUUUUGGUCAUGGCCUAUGGAACAACAGUCUUCCAUCCACUUCUUUAUGCUUUCACACGGCAGAAAUUUCAAAAGGUACUAAAAAGUAAGAUGAAAAAGCGGGUAGUGUCCAUCAUUGAAACAGAUCCAAUGCCCACCAAUUCAGUCAUAAAAAAUUCAUGGAUUGAUUCCAGGAGGAAUAAAAAAGUGACAUUUGAAGAUCAUGAGGCCAGGCAAAAGUGUCUGUCAUCUGAAGGUGUCGACUAAGUUCUGAUAUUUGCUAAAAGCCUCAGAUAUGGAACUUUUCAAUAAGGUCAUUGCCACUGCAGGAAAAGACUGUUUAAAUCAGAAUAACAAUUGUUGGAUGUGCAUAUAUGAUACAUAUCAAUUUAAUAUUAUUUAUAUGAACUGCAAGUUUAGUACAA